AUGGAGACAGACAUCGCCGAUGUCUGUCCCUAUAACUAUGGGAAGAACAACGUGGAGUGUGCCCGAAUUGAUGAAAUCAUUGAGAUCGUGGCUGACAUUGAGAAUGCAGUCGCACCAGCCUAUGAGACACCCGAUGCUGCUAAAAGAGAAGCUGAUCUUGUCAAGUGUAGAGACAGUACUCUGAAGCCUUCCUGGGAUUUCAUCUAUAAAUCUCUUCAGAAAGCAGGAGGAAAGUACUUUAUGGGGAACCGGUUAACCAUGGCCGAUGUGGUUAUCUUCAACAUAAUAGAUUUCUUCUUGGACAGCGGUCUUGGUUUAAAGACCUACUUUGAAUCCUACCCAACCCUCGUCAAAUUCUACGAGUCAAUCAAGAAUGAUUCUCCACUCACACAAUACCUGAAUGACCGAAAGUAUACGGCAAAUAUUAAAUCAACUUUCUGA